AUGACAACCCCUUCAGAGUCCCAAAGUCGGACUUCGACGCCACGAACUUUCACAAAUCAAACAGUAUCGGCGGAAGAUCUCCUAAAGUCUCAAACCGUUGGCUUGGUCCACCUCUCAGAAUUUCGCAAACGGCGAGCGGAUAUCCUAGAGCAAAAAGAGCGGGAGGCGCAUGACAAGUCUCUGGGACGGCUGGGUAUAGGAAAUUCAAGGAGUGUUACGCCGUCACCCGGAGACUUGACAGACAGUGCGACAGGUGAUAGCGAUGCCCAGCGUCCACGGAAGAAGAAGAGGAGAGAUAAUCGAUUAGGCAAAAGCAAACUUUCAUUCGGUGACGACCAUGAGGAUAACGAAGACUUGGCCAGCGCCCCGAUAAGCAAGAGAGAAUCUAGAUCCCCGUCGAAGGAUAAUAGUGAUGAAAUACACCCUAUUCGUGCUCGAAAGCUCGCGCCAAAUCCCCACCUGAACGCUCCCGCGCCUAAAGUCAUGACAAAAGCCUCUCUUGGGGCCGAAGCGCGUAUGCGGGAUGCUCUACGGCGAGAGUUCCUAUUAAUUCAAGAAAAGGUGAAAGGGACAGAAAUACUCAUACCGUUUGUAUUUUAUGACGGAACAAACAUACCAGCGGGCAAGGUCAAAGUUAAGAAAGGCGAUCCCGUAUGGCUUUUUCUGGACCGUUGUCGCAAGGUUGGGGCAGAACUUGGUGUUGCGGGUGCCGGAGGUGGAGGGCGUGGUCGAAAAGACAACCGUAGAGAAUGGGCGAGAGUGGGCGUGGACGACUUGAUGCUAGUACGAGGUGAUGUUAUCGUACCUCAUCACUACGAAUUUUAUUAUUUUAUAGCUAAUAGAGUGCCUUCCUUCCAGGGUGGAGGUGGGCUGCUUUUCGAUUAUUCGAAUACAGCACCCCCUGAUGGUUCCUUAGACCAAACCACCGAGCCUGAAGGGGGGGACGCUGAACCUACAUUGACAAAAGUCGUUGAUAGAAGAUGGUUUGAGCGGAAUAAACAUAUUUUCCCAGCUAGUCUUUGGCGUGAAUUUGAACCUGGGAAGGAGUUUGAGGAGAAAAUGCGAGCCGUUAGACGUGAUAACCAAGGCAAUACGUUCUUUUUCUAA